AUGAAAAAUAACAUUAUCACAGUUGCAUUGCUCAUCUCCGGAAAUUAUGCUGUACCCGACGGUUAUGGAGCUUCCAGGUCGGCAGGAGGUUUAUCAGUUGGAAGACGAGUCUCAAGUGGAGUAGCAUUAACUAAUGGUGGAAAAUUUUCUGGCGGAGGAGGAUUCUCUGGAGGAGGAGUAGAAUUAUCUAGCGGUGGAGGACGUGUUUCAUGUGGAAUAGCAUUAUCUAGUGGAGGAGUUCGUGUUCCAAGUGGAGUAGGAUUAUCUAGCGGAGGAGGAUUUUCUAGCGGAAGUGGAUUCUCUAGUGGAGGACGAUCGAUCAGGGGAGGAUUUUUCAGCGGUAGAGGAUUCUCCAGAAGAAGAGGCUCUGGAGGCUGUAGCACCGGAACGGUCCUACAUGUGGAUGGGUCUUGCGUCACCCUCGAAUUUACAAGAAGUGUUUAUGUUUACGAUACCCCUCCGCAGCUCUUACAGCCAACUGUAGUCAAGGGAGGACAAGUCAUCGGUGGUGCCGCAGGUGCUAGCAGUUUAGGAGGUGGAGGAUUUGGAAGUGGAGGAGCAGUGGGUGGCGGUGGAUUUGGAAGUGCUUUUGGCGGUAGUGAAGGAUUUGGUGGAACUGGAAGUGGAAUUGGUGGAAGUUUAGGAGAAGGAGGUUUGGGAAGUAGGGUUGGACAAGUGGAUGUCUUUGGAGACAGCGGAGAAAUUGUAUCCGGUGCAGGCUUAAGAGGCCCUAUACAGUGUUCCGGUGUAGUUGCCCUACAUCCACUCUCGACAGUUGCCGCCAUCCUCGUGGCUACAGCUACUGCUGCACCCGAAGGAUACAGGUCUCCCAGGCCCUCUACAGGAGGCUCAUCUGGCAAAGGAUUUUCUCGUGGAGGAGGAUUCUCUAGCAGAGGUUUUUCUGGUGGAGGAGGUUUCUCCGAUGGACGACAAUUCUCUAGUGGGGGAGGUUUCUCUGGCGGAGGAGGAUUCUCUGGCGGAAGAGGAUUCUCUGGUGGAGGAAGACUCUCUGGCACUGGUGGACCUUCAUCUUCCUCAGGACAGAGGGGAUCUAGAGGAAGAUGUAAUGCAGGAGAGAUCCUACAUGUAGACGGGUCUUGCGUCACUCCAGUCGUUACCAGAAAUGUAUUCGUUUACGAUGCUCCUGAACAACCCCAACAGCAGAGUGGUCCACCAGCAAACGUUCCACCGCCGAGAAUUAAUCAUAACAUCCUGUUUGUGCGUAUUCCUGAGGGAGGUACAGGUCCCGAACCAAUUGUUGUGCCACCGCCAAGGCAAGAGAAUAUUGUAUACGUCCUUAACAAGAAUGAGGGAGGAGGACAGCGAGUUAUCGAGGUACCUACUCCUCCUCCUUCAGAUCCUGAGGUGUUCUUCGUCAAUUACGCAGAAGGAGAAAAUCCUAGACUUCCUAUAGGUGUGGAUCUCCAGACGGCUCUACAAGCGGCUGCCAAUGGAGGAGGACAAGUCAUUGGUGGCGGCGGAGGUGCAGGAGGUGCUGGAAAUGGAGGCACCGGAGUUGGGGGAGGGCAAGGAGGUGGCGCGUUUGGAAGUGGUUCCGGAGGAAAUGGAGGAGUUGGCAAUGCUUUGGGUGGUGGAUUUCGAAGUGGUGCAAGACAAAGAGGAGGUGGAGUCGGCAAUGGCUUCAGUGGAGCAGGUAGUGGAUUUGGUUCUACUUCAGGAAGAGGACUUAAUGCUCCGAGCGGUAGAUAUGGCCCACCCUAA